CACACACUGCAGUGCGAGGCCAUCAUCCACUCUCUCCUUCCGUCGUCGACUGCUCCCUCUCAAAAAGAGACGCCCCCCCCCCGCCCAAUGCAUCUCACCUAGGCACCUCACCCCCUUGCCGGAUAUAGGUCCGUCCAGUCUUUCCGCUCCAACUGACGAACAACCUAUACUUCCAGGUUCUUGGUUGAACCCUCAGUCAAAAGGCCAAAUCGGAUGCCGGUAAAGUGACGAGAAGACAAUUCGACCAUCCGCUCAGGUUCGACAGCACUGCCAGAAACCGCCCCCUGGACCCUUACGACCUGGCCACGCGGGCACCGAGAGACCGAUAUCAUAUCGAGUCAUCGCCAUCCAAACUCGACAAAAGAGCAUCAGGCAACGUAGCCUCGACCGAGAACCCCUUCUGCGAACAGAGAACGACCCGGAAGACAAGGACGUGUCGCGACCGACAGGAAUUCGGACCACCGUCAUCAUCAUCAUCAUCAUCAUCACGCCGGUUACCUAGACGUAUACCUACAUACAUACCUGAUCUUGCAUCAGCUCUCUCUCUCACUACACUAGACUCUUUUAUUCUUCGAGCCAGCGCUUUACAAGACCAUCACACCAAGGAGCGGUCGGCGAAUCGAUGCCCGUGUUGCCUCACUUUCUCACCACUCCUUACCCGCCGACGCCUCAGCCUUCCGACCACUCAGAUCGUCUGUCGCGACAGCUGUUCUUUCCAUAGCCUCUAGCGCCGAGUAAACUUUUGGAUCACCCUUCCAAUCUAAUUCCCGCCGACGUCAGACUCUUGAAAUAGGGGACAAAGUGCAUCCGUCUCUCCUAAGCAUCCACCUACGUCGACCUAGCGCACCUUGGACGCCCGACUUCUGCAAAGAUUACUUGUACAUCACCUGCUUACCUACACCACCCGAGGCUCAGCGACCGGAACAUGAUCUUCGGCCCUUGAUAUUCUACACCCUCGCUUGCUUCUACCCGUCACCACGACACGCUCAAUAUGCUAAUGACACAGACGCCUGUGUCGCUACUUCAGGGUCAGAAUACCACCAGUUCCUACAAUACCCAGUCUCAGAAAACAUCCUACGAUCGACGCGACCCCGCUGCCGCCGACUCAAGCCACGCGACGACUUUGGUCGACCCCAACGACUCCUCCUUCUUCUUUGCGACCGACCCUGUUUCCUCCAUGAAUGGCGUUGUAGGCACGGCGCCCGCGGGCACCAUGUAUGUCCGCGCGCUGUACGAUUACGAGGCAGACGACAGGACCAGUCUUAGCUUUCACGAGGGCGAUAUAAUCCAAGUUAUCACACAGCUUGAAAGCGGUUGGUGGGAUGGUGUCAUCAACGGUGUCAGAGGAUGGUUUCCCAGUAAUUAUUGCGAGGUAAUCGCUAGCCCCGAUGACGCUCCAGGCGAGACCGAGGAGAAGGCCAACCCCGAACAAGUAGUGGAGGAAGAGGCCGAAGACCACGAUGUCUACCACGAGAGCUUUGACGAGGAUGAUGCAUCGGAUCGCGAUGAUGACCCUGAUUCUCUUCCCAUCGAGGGAACCGAUGGCGAUCGAUCCAGGGCUGAUUUCUGGAUCCCUCAAGCCACCCCCCUGGGCCACUUGUUCUACUACAACACCAUGACCGGCGAGAGCAGCAAUGAAUUGCCGCUUGAGUCGCCUGCUUCUGUUAACGAGACCGGUCCCCGUGACCGCAUGAAUGUGACGAUACCCGACCGGACCAGGCCGCCUCCCGAGAUGAUGGCACGUGGCUUGACCCAGGAUGAAGAGGAUGAAGACGAUAUCACCUCGGCCUCAGAAGUCGAGGGCGAAACUUUCAUGACUGCAUCCCGAGGAUCACUUCCCAAGAACCGCCGCUUAUACGAUGGCGUCUCACCGUCCACGUCCAUGGAUUCUAUCAACGGACAGCCCUCCGGUAACAGGGGCCGUACCGAGACAUAUUUCAACAGCAAUCACCAUAUAGUGCCUAUGACAUCGACAACCGCAUUCACUAGCGCGACUUUCAACCUCCCUACCGCCGCUACAAUUCCUCGUUCCUUCUUUGACGAUGGUUCUAUGCAACCUCUCACUUGGAGCCGACUGGUUGCCAACAUGAAGAAGGCAAUUGACCGUUAUCGCGAGGCCAUCAAGAACAAUCACCGGUCCGAGUACGUUGCCCGCGCCGAGGACAUCUCUGACCAUUUGCGCCUUCUCCUGGCGGCUGGUUCAGGGACAACCGACAACCAUUCAGGCCAGCCUUCCAUCAUCUCGACCAACAAGGCGCUAUACCCUCAUUUCCGCGAUAUGAUGUCCAAGUUUUCCAAGCUCGUGAUUUCCUCGCACAUUGCUGCCGCCGAUUGGCCCAACGCCGAGUCCGUCCAAAAGUGUUUGCAGGAGGCCGAUGGCGUCCUCAUGGGAGUUUACAGCUAUGUCGAAGUUGCUAGGCAGCAGAGAGGUGAAGACAUUCCUCGGCUGUUCCCCGGGUUUGUAAUUGGGUCCACCUCUGGUGGGAGUUGGCAGACUAAUGGCCUUGGCCCGCACGACCCUAUUACCUCCAAUUUCCUCGAUGAUGAAGAGGGUGUAGUGGAGCCCACUGCCAUCCUCGACAGCAAGUUGUUGGAAAGGCUGGAUGAGCUGAAGCGUAUGCUGGUUUCCGGCAUUCGCGAACUGGACAAGAGCUUGGUUGUCACGGAUAAGGUGGUGACGCCUUUCAGGCACGAAGUAAUCAGCAACAAUAUUUGCGCUGCCGGUGGCAAGGUCGUGGACAUGUUCAAGCCAUGGAUUGCCACGAUUGAGUCUAUCGACCUUUCUUGCCUUGGCAGCAACGGGUUCCAGCAGCCGCAGCUUCUUGAUUUUGCGACAAACAAACAAAGCUUGUACGACAACAUUUCCGACCUGGUGCUUGGCUGCCAGGCCGUCGCUGGCCCGCUCGCUGAUGAAUGGUCCGAGGUGCGGGGCCAUGCUUUGGAAGAGAGAUUGGACUAUGUUCGUCAGUGUGCUCGAGCAUUGGAGACCAACUCCUCGCACAUCGGCUUCUCUCUCCAACUACUCUCCGAGCAAGUCCAGAUGGUCAUGCAGCAACAAGCAGAAGCUCGUGCACGUGAACCUAUGCAACGAACACCGCUUAGCAGAGGUGACUCGUUGCCGUAUGAGCGGCACUUGAGGACUGACUCUGCCUUCCUGAGACCGGUAUUGAUGAGCUCAGCAUCGUUUUCGGAGGGCGAUCCCACUGCUCCCACGUUCCAGCGGAAGGGUGACCCGUCAAAGAUGAAGAAAUUCUUCGGAGAAGAUCCCACGCCGAUUCAGCCUGUGGAUGACACACCUGAGUUCUUGCGUCUGGACUACGAAGCUGAGCUAUCUUGGGAUCAGAAGGUGCAGCCGCCCGUCGUCAAGGGUGGUAGUCUCCUCGCUUUGGUGGAGCAGCUUACCCGCCACGACAAGCUUGACUCGAACUUCAAUAACACCUUCCUGUUGACGUACAAGUCCUUUACUUCGGCUCGCGUACUGUUCGAGCUCCUCGUAAAGAGAUUCGGCAUCCAACCACCCGAGGGCCUUACCCAGACCCAGUAUGAGCAGUGGCGUGAUAGCAAGCAGAAGCUUAUCCGCUUCCGAGUGGUCAACAUUCUUAAGAACUGGUUCGAUAACUUUUGGAUGGAAGAUCAGAGUGAGGAGACAAAGCAGCUAAUCCUUGAUGUCUACAACUUCGUCAAUGAGACAGUGAAGUCGACAGAGACACCAGGUUCCAAGGGCUUGAUGGCCGUCUUGGAACAGCGGCGGAGCGGCAAGGAAGUCAAUGUUCGUCGCAUGAUCCAGACGGUCAACCAGAAUACGCCUGCGCCAAUCAUGCCAAAGAACAUGAAGAAGCUCAAGUUUCUGGAUAUUGAUGUCACUGAAUUUGCGCGUCAGCUUACUAUCAUCGAGUCGCGCCUGUAUGGCAAGAUCAAGUCUACAGAAUGUCUCAACAAGACAUGGCAGAAGAAGGUUGCCGAAGGGGAGCCAGAACCAGCACCUAAUGUCAAGGCCCUUAUUCUGCACUCGAACCAGAUGACCAACUGGGUGGCUGAGAUGAUUUUGGCGCAAACCGAUGUUAGGAAGCGUGUUGUCGUCAUAAAACACUUCGUUGCCGUUGCCGACAAGUGCCGGGCUCUUAACAACUUCUCUACACUUACAUCGAUCAUUUCAGCUUUGGGAACCGCACCCAUUGCCCGCUUGAAAAGAACAUGGGAUCAGAUUCCUCAGCGCGUUCUCGCGACGCUUGAAACCAUGAGGAAGCUCAUGGCUAGUACUAAGAACUUUGGUGAAUACAGAGAGGCGUUGCAUCUGUCCAACCCUCCAUGCAUUCCCUUCUUUGGUGUGUAUCUUACGGAUCUUACCUUCAUCGAAGAUGGUAUCCCGUCGGUUCUGAAGAAGACGAACCAGAUCAACUUUGCGAAGCGGGCGAAGACCGCAGACGUUAUCGGAGACAUCCAGCAGUAUCAAAACGUCGCAUAUUCGCUACAGCCAGUACCUGAACUUCAGGAGUAUAUCUUGUCCAAUAUGCAAGCUGCCGGAGACGUGCACGAGAUGUACGACAAGAGUUUGCAAAUCGAGCCCCGCGAGAGAGAAGAUGAGAAGAUCGUCAGAGUUUUGGCUGAGUCUGGAUUCCUAUGAUCCAACAAAGUCCACGUAUCUUCGUCCGACACCGAGCCAUUUUUACAUCGAUGAUUUUGUCGAAAGUACCACAGCGGAAAACGCCUUACUUAGCUGCCUUCCUUCCGAGCAGCGCUAUCAAGUACCUUACGUCGGCCAAGCCGCUAUGCUAUAUAUACUAUUUCUUAGUACGAGGUACAAACUGUUUGUUAAGCUCAAUGCUGCGGAGCAGUUAUGGUCACCCUUUAAGACCUAAGAUGCCUGGCGAACAAGUCCAUCACAAAUACUCGUGUCGCGGGACGUCGAACUUAUGAUGGUUUUAACACUCGACGCAACGUACCGGAUGCCAUUGGAUGACAGAGCACUUUAUUCGGGGCGAACACUGCUGCGCCAACAAGGACGAGCAGCAACACUAAAGCUUAAUCGAACGCUGCAAAGCUGGUCACAUCCGAAGCAGAUUCAGCCUGUGGAACCGAUUCAAAAGAAGAAUCCAAGGAAGAGCCUACGCAUCCUACUCUCUUCCCUGUUCCGUGAAGCAAGACGGACGAUUGAGCCGCGUGUGGGGUGGAUUGGGAUGAAUGUAAAGGGUCAGUUGGAUGAGGAAUACAAAGGGGGGCUCGCCGCAGAAGUAUCUGUUGGCGCACGAAGAAGCAAAAGAAUGAUACCACGCGAUGAGGGUUGGGAUGAGCAUAUGGGCUGAAAUGGGGAUAUAUCCAAACACUACUUGUCUUGAAAUGUUAGAAGAAGAGGAGAGAUAGGCAUAGAUCUACUUUCUCUUGUUGUCACAAGAUAUUAUGUUGAGAACAUUCAAGCGGCCACGAAUCAUUUUAUGGAUGGCAAGGUCUAUCAAUAUUACUACCACUAUACAUAUGUACAGAUUAGGUUCAAUGGAUCUAGGGGUGGAACGAUUGGUUUUGAC